GAAGAGAAUUGUGAUUGUAAGCCUAUUCCUAGACGUGGCCUUCCCGACGCAUCUGGACAACUGCAGGACAUUGCGCAUUCUUGUUGGUAAGCGACGAUUCUUCGAACCUUCCUGAAGGCGACCUGGGAGUUCCCCUGCUAACCAUUUCACCGCAUAAGACGGCUUCCUGGGACUAACAGACUUAUUUUACAUUUAUGAACGGGCUGACGCGUCAUACACACCCGUGAAAGGGGGUCCUGAAGGAGACGGUAGUGUCUGGCGAUGUUAGAAAAGUCCCCGAGCUUGCUCAAGACUGUCUGAAGAUACAUCGACGCUCAAGUAAAAUACAUAGCCUUCAUUGUCAUGGCGCCAAGGUUCUCUGCCUCUUCCUAGAUUACCUCAAUUUUUUUUGUGAUUCAAGACUGAACUGGACGGCAGUGCCUUGAAGUCUUCAAAGUGCUUUAAUAAUGGUUCAUUGUCAAGAAGUGCCUCGAGGUUGCUAGAAUUUCAAGCUUGCUCAAGACUGAAGCCUUGAAAAAGUUUCGCAAAGCCUUUGCGUACAUGCCAGCGCUAAAGCUCGAAGUGUAUAAAUGUACAAGUUUUUGCAAUACUCAAUCCAAUAGGACAAACCUUGACAAAGAUUCCGGGUUGCGAAGCUUCGCAAAAGAGGAAAGACAGCACUGGGAAGAAACUGGAGAGUGAAAAGAUCUUCCGCCUUUUGGACGAAGGAUAUCCGAGGUGGACACUCAACUCCUGAAUCAUCCGAAACGGGCGUUUUGCGCUCGGCUGGCUUAACUGACGUUGUGCUUACAGGUGAAUGACCUGGACUGGAAUUCAGAUUGUGAAAACCAAACGCGCAUCCAGGACUAAUCACUGACGCCAAUGCAGUUUUUGCGCGUUGCCACUAGUCACAUGUCUCGGACACAAUCGUAGCUAUCGGGCGCGAUACUACAUCUGCCAGAUACAGAAGGCUGUUUUGUUUUUUUCGAACUCUCGGUGCCCCGCCAUACCGUCCAAGCGUUCGUCGUCAACGGUGACGCAGGCAUAUCACAUCGCGGACGCGAUUCACGAGUGCAUAAAUCGUGGAACAGUUCACUGUGCAUUGAAUGCAUCAUCCGUAACUAUACUUCUGAGGACUUUGUAUACCGAAAAUUACUGUGACAGGAAAAUGGAGUGUCCACUUUGUUGAUUGUAUACACUUCUCGAAAGGAACUCCUUCAACACAGCCAUAAAACAUGGUCGCGGAGGAGAAAGGCAAGCCGGUCAAGAACGGCUCCUUGAAGACGAGCAACGGCUCCCACGCUAACGAUGUGGUCAAGAAGGCUGUCUUCAUUACGGGUUGUGACACGGGUUUCGGCCACGAGCUCGCCAAGCGCCUGGACGCCGCGGGUUUCCAGGUGCUCGCAGGUUGCCUCAACCCGUCCUCAGAGGGCGCCACCAUGCUCAGGGACUUCUGCUCGGCCUCGCUGCGCGUCCUGCACCUGGACGUGACGCGGGAGGAGCACUUUCGGCGCGCCUCCAAGACCCUGGCCGCCGAACUGGGACCCAGGGGGCUCUGGGCGGUGGUUGCCAACGCGGGAAUGAUGAGCGCCGGCGAGCUGGAGUGGGGAAGCCUUGACGCGGCACGCUACCUGUUCGAGGUGAACGUGUUCGGCGUGGUGAACACUGUUCGAACCGCGCUACCUUUUCUGCGCCGGCAACCAGGAUCCAGGGCCGUCAUUGUCGCCAGUGUAGCCGGACGCCUCACGUAUCCGGGCCUGGCCUUCUACUGCAUGUCCAAGCACGCGGUGAUCUCCCUGGCCGACGGUCUGAGGCGCGAGAUGCGCAAGUGGGACAUCCUGGUGUCCACCAUCGAGCCCGUUCUCUACAGGACCAAGAUGGCGAUGCCCGAGCACAUCCAGUGCACGGUCGACCAGUCCUGGCAGGACACGCCAGCCUCGGUGCGCGAAGUGUACGGCAAGACGUACUUCGAGCAGUUCCGCUCCCGCUGCCUGGACUUCCUGUCGAGGCGCUGCCGCGAGGACCUCUACGAGGUCGUCGACAACAUGGUGCACGCCGUGAGAUCGCGCCGGCCGCGUCGGUCCUACUUCUGCGGAGGCGCCAAGGACAAGUUCCGGUUGGCCCUGCUCCGUCUGCUCUCCGUGAACACGGUGGACCACCUGAUGUGUUCCAUCAACCAGAGUCACGUGGGCCGCUCCAUAUCCGACGGCUAGCUACGGGUAGCCGCGCGCACCCAGUGGUAUAACCACGACACAGUCUAUAGCGUUGUUCGGUAGUUAGCCUGCGUGUGUUCCCUAAAGCAUAGCCAGGCGUAACCUAUCCCAGAGUGUGGUCGUUCCUGCGAGGGCCGGUUUGAAGUUCUUCUCCCGACUGCAUUCAUCCACAAUAUUGAUGGUGACGCAGACGUUAGAGGAUAGUGACGCACUAAAGGACAUUGACGUGCACGAUACAAAGACACUCUUUGUGUAUGUUAGGGAGCAAAGAGGCGUGGAAGUUUAAUAACAGAAAAAAUGUGGUUGGUGGUGCGGGGCCAACUUGUUCCGCAGACCUCCUUUAGCUGCGCUGGCUAUCUCCAGUUCAGGGCACCACGCGCAGUCAGCGCGCUCUGCCCAUCAAAUUGAGCUGAUUGUCAAGACUAUCGCUGGUAAUGAACUCCUUCCACCGCUCCAUUGGUCAAUAAGGGGCAGGCCGGUAAUUGCUUGGCAUGUGCAUGUAGGUCGCAUUAAUGUUGGUAUCUCAAAGUGUAUAUUCAUACAUCUGUGUGAUUUCCGAAGUUUAAGCUGAAAUCCAGGAACGGUAGACACUAUCGUUAAAGAAACAUCAGGACAUUGUCGCACAGAGGCUUCAGCCAGAAAUGUGCCUUCUGAAAUGGACGUUGAGAGGUCAUAUUCUAAAAGAAUUCCCGAGCUGGCUUUCUGCGAUAGCUUCCCGUCGAUCAUCUCAAAGCUGAUAUCUGUAAGCUUCAGCCCCAAAUCUCUCAAGGUUUCCGUUAUCAUCUCUUCCCUGGAUAAUGGAGCACAUCGUCAUCCUGCAUAAAAAUGUUCAUACAAUGCACUUCUCGCCGCUUACGCUAGAUGAUAACAAAAGCAUGCACCGGUGUAAAGCAGUAAUUUGUGACCGCGAUCGGGCAAGAUCGUAGUCAAAUUUUUUUAUUGGCUUCUCUAUGCAAGCUGCGCAAGAAAGCCAAUGAAUUUCAAGCAUUUUGAUCAGAAUUGGGCUUAACGUGAUCAGUGACACCGGUAUAAUUGAUUACACUGCGGUGAAUAAAUAUGUGAAUGUUUCGCGAGGAUUCAGUUGGAACUUAUGCGGCAUUCAAACAACCCGGUUCAAGUGCAGGAAACACAAAUGUGGUCAGGAUAAAUGCCACACCGGGUGCUUAUUCUUUACCUAACCUCAGAAUACGGGUUCCCCUAAAAUGUGAAUAGAUGUGAUGAUGGUUUCAGAGCUUGCAGUAAGACAAGCGAGUGUCUCCAUCAAUAAAUAUUUAAGGGUAUAUGUGCAAACAUACUGUGACAGAAGUAUUCUCGAAGUGACACAUAAUGUCCUCUUCUGUUCAUCUACUAACUCUUUUGUAUAGCCUUGAUGUGUCAUUGAUGACUGGCCGUCGUGACGCCGCAAACUGUUAGAACAGUGUUAGGAGCAUCGGAGACCACUUUCUUGGUAGCGCUGACAGCGGUACAAAACUUUCUGACAUUUUUUAUCAAGUCACGCUUCAGCGCGUUCUUUUUGCACUACGUCACGAGGUAAGCUUCAUUCACAAUCCACUGUGAAAUAAGUGUUAUUUCUAAGUGCUUACCUUACGUGAUUCAAUGACUACUUGGCGAGGUUGAGACACCUCGUUAAUCACGAUCUCCAAAACAGGAAUGACUGAUAAGGCCAAGCUAGUCUGCAUAGGCACGGAAUAGCGACUGAGGAACAUACGUACUGCUUGUUGUAACUAUUCUAAGUACGUAUCUCAAGGGUUAUAGGCCAGUGUCGGUGAAGUGGUGUUCUUGGACGAAGUGGACAGACAGCAUUUCAGACACAGGAGCUAGCCACUGACGUCAGAAAGUGUGUGUUCUCGACUUGUUUUGUAAUUUGUCCUUGUGAAUAAAGAUGCUCACAAAACGC